UUUAAAGCGCAUGAUUUAGUUAGUAGAUGAGUGCGUCUGCAACCAACAGCUGUGACUUAAUUUAAAACCCUACAGCGAAUUGCAAUUCCAACAGUCAAAAAAAUGCUGUUGCUGCCUGCAGUUUGUCUAGUGCUCAUAGCUACGCCAGCGCUGCUGUUCAAUGUUGUGAUAGUGCAUGAAACAGAUCCGGAUCCCGCACGUCAUAAAUACGUAUGGAAUCCUUUCCUAGCCUUCUGUGGACCCAAUGCUACCCGCGUGCUCUGCGCUGGCGUCUGCCCAGAAACUUGUGACUUUAAGUCGCUACAGUGCACCACGCAUUGUGGUGUUCAUUGCAAGUGUAAAGAGGGUUACGUUUAUCACGAGCCUAAACUCAAGUGCAUGCUACGCUCAGAGUGUCCUUCGAAUGCUUUUCAGCGCGAGGUUCAAGCGCAUCGCGUGUUUCAGUGAAGAGAAAAGAGCGUAGCUCAAUGUGGAUUACAAUAUAAUGGAAUACCUUGAUCGAUUACAUAAAUAAGGGAGAUUUUAAAUUCACAAAAGAUAGAGCAAUCUGAAAAACUUUCUAGCACAGGCGUGUGGAAAUCUCUUUUCUCCAAAAAAAU